AUGGUCUCGUUUUUGGCUCCCCUUUUCUUCGUGGCAUUGAUUUCAACCCUGAUGGUUGAUGCUGAAAUCAUUGAUGGUAAUUUGAUGGUUGAUAACAAUCUUCCAGUCUAUCAAUAUGUUUAUUACCCAACUAUGUGAGUUUAAAAAACGAAGAAAUAAGUUCAAUCAACAUUUUAAUUAUUUCAGAUCACAUUUCAAUAAAUUCAAACGUAAUAUUGGACGACAGUGUUUUAUUGGUAUGACGUAUUGUAUGACACCAAGACAAGUUGAAAGAUAUCGCAAAUUCAUGGAAACCUUCGAACAUUAUCCACAACGAAGUUUUUAA